AUGGGAGCGAGACAGAGCAAGAGGUCCGUGGAUAUAACGACGACGCCGAAGAAGGAGGGAAUACCCGCCGAAGGAGGUGUCGUCGGCGAUGCGGCCGCACCUGGUGACGGCAAGCUGGAGAGGAUCGAGGAGGCCGACACGAAGCCUACCACCAACGGCAUAGCACCGCACACGGAGUCUACUGAGGAUAAAGAAAAGGACAAAGAUGAGGCUACCGAAAAGGACAAGGAGCAGCAACCGCAGCAAGAAGAAGUAAAAGUUGAGGAGACGAAGCAGGAAUCGUCUGGAGACUCUCCUGCGGAGGUUGCGGAGGUCACGACGCCCACAGAGGCCACCCCUGCCAGUCCGAAUACUGCCACUUCUCCAGACAAUAAGGAAACCAAAAAGAAGGAAAAGAAGAAAAAGUGGUCCUUCAGGUCGAUCAGCUUCAGCAAGAAGGACAAGACUAAGCCGAGCCGCGAUGAAACGCCCAAGAAUGGAGACGUCACCAAGGAAGAGCCACUUGCAGAGUGCCUGAACAAGUUCCAGGGCAAGGUAGCGUAG